AUGAGUGCUUACGCAGCGUUGCAAAAGAUGUCAGGAGCAUCAUCUAUCCUUUAUGGAAUUAACGGAGAGUCUGAUAAUGAUGAGAGUGGUACUAUAGGAUAUCUCAGAAAUUCUUCCGAUGAGGAAGUAGAAGCAGAAGAAGCAGAGGUUCCAACUACCUCUACUAUGGCGCCAACACCAAAUAUAAUACGAACUCCUUCCAUAGUACCGAAGAUUAAUAGCUUUAUAUGCGAGUCAAAUUUUAUCCCAAAUGAUGAUAAUUUUAUUGUAUUUCAUGAUCAUAUAAUUAUUGGUCUUAAAGCAAAUGAAUAUAUUCUAAUAAAUGGACAAUCCAAGAUGACAAUACAAAGAGGGGCUAUAUUAAUAAAUACAGGCCAUUAUAUGUUUGCACAUCCUAAUAAUUGCAUACCGAUAAUUGCAUCUCAGUCUCAAUCAUUGCCUAUUAUUUCGAGUACACAGGUAGUUGAUCGCAGUGGGAUUAAAGAUUCCAAGACAGACGAGAACAUGCAUCUAUUUUCAAGUAACUAUAAGUCAAUCAUUAAAUUGGAAAAUUUAUAUACUGGUUUAGAGAAGAUUGGGACCUAUCAUCCACCAUUUAAGCGCCUUUUUUACAGCCAUGCUGUAAUCGAAGAUGAAGACUUGACCGAAUACGAAAGGCUUUUUAAGACUUAUUCAUUUGAAAUAAUUUUACGGGAUCGUGGUUGUAUCGGUAUUAGUAUAGAGAAGUUAUGGCUAAACCAAAUUCAAUUGUUAAUAAGUGAUAUUCAUGAAGAUUUAAUUCCCAAAACGAUCAUGAUAAUAGGGAACAAGAACAGUGGGAAAUCAACACUUUCUAAAACGCUAUUAAACUCUCUUAUAUUGGCGAAUCAAAAUACAGUAUCGUAUUUAGAUUUAGAUCCAGGCCAAUCUGAAUUUUCUAUGCCGUACUGUCUUUCGCUAACAAACCACUCUAAGCCAAUUAUCGGUAUGAAUGUUCCGAAGGUUUCAGGAGAUGAAGAUAGUGUAUCACAUUACUAUGGAUUUACUACUCCUCAAAGUCAACCCUCACAGUAUGUUUCUAUUAUUAAAGCGUUAUUCCGAGAAUAUGACCAAGUUUAUAGACCUAGAGGACAUCAUCUAAUCAUCAAUACUCCUGGCUGGAUAAAGGGUUACGGAAAAGAAUUGUUAAAUGAGUUAACAGCGUUCAUUAAUCCAAACCAAUUGAUAUUAUUGUCAAAUAAUACCGACAAUGAUAAUAUGGAUAAUUCAGAUAACUUAAGUGGCUUGACUUUUCAAAAUUCUCGUUGCUUUCAAGGGAUUUACCAAACAUCAAAGUAUUCACCCUUUCAAUUAAGAAUGUACAACAAGUUAUCUUAUUUUCAUCAAGUAGAUACUUUGAAAUUUGACUUUAAUAGCCAUAUUUUAUUGCGUUCUCCUUUGAAAUUAUCAUAUGAAACAGUCAAUUCUUCAAAAGAUUUCAAAGGUAUAAAUAUGGUUUCUGUAUUAAAUUACGAUACAGGACUCAACUUUGAAUUAAAUGACUUAUUAUCCAUGAUUGAUACUUCGAUAAUGGGCUUAUAUUUAAUAGACCACGAGUAUUAUUCAUCGCUAAAAGCUUCAUUGAAAAAACUGGAGGAUUGUGAUUACUUACCACAAUACUUAAAUUCAACCGAUUAUGUCAAUCUAAUCAAUUACAGUUCGUCAAAUAAUAUUUUUAUGGGGCUCUGCAUGGUUCAUAGUAUCAAUACCAAGGAUGAAUUUUUUAACAUUUAUUUACCUGGUCACAACCAACAUAGACUUACAGAAAUGAUAACUAAAAGAGAUUACAAAAUGCUACUAGUUAAGGGUGAUGGUGAUAUACCUAGUCCAGAUUUACUAAUGUUUGAUAUGCUACUUAAACAGCAAGAGGACCUAAAGAGAUUGAACAAGAAGAGGAAGAAAAACCCCAACGUAGAUGACAAAGAUGUAUUGAAAAUUCCGUAUGUGACUUUUGAAAAUAAGAACAAAAUCGGCGGAAUAUGGAAAACAAGAAGGAAUGUCAUGAGAAGAAGCCAUCAACGAUAA